AUGUCUACUGCUCCCUCUCCUCGUAACGGCAUCUUCCCUCAUGGCCCGCAGAUGCGCCAGCCAUCCCUAGCUUUCCUGUAUCGGCUCGAAUGCGAUAUCGCCAAAGAGGAAAUCAACAUCGGCGCGCCACACAACUCAGGCAUUAUCCGGAGCAUUGCCAAUAUUCUCAGCGGUACUAUCAAGGGGCCUGGUAUCGAGGCUACUAUUUUACCUCUUGGUGGCGUAGACUGGGCGACGGUGGUAAAGGGAACUCAUUCCAUGACACUUGACGCGCGCUACACUGCAAGCACAAAUGAUGGUCACUACAUCUACAUCCGCGCCCAUGGCUUGUACCGUCCUGGCCCGGGAACCGAGUACGCUAAGCAAGUCGAAGCCGACCCGGAAAAGCCACCGCAGCACACCGUGACUCAAGGCGACGUUGAGUUCUUCUCGCACCUCAGACUAGAAGCAGGCUCUGGUCCUUAUAACUGGCUUAACGGGCUGGUCUGCCUCGGCGUGAUGAUCUGUGAAGGCGAGAAGCUCUGGAUAGAUGCGUACCAUCUGACAAACUUCCCGGGUAUCAAGCCGGAGAACGUGAUGGCCAAGGCAUAA